ACCAAAGUACCCUUGUUGAUACUCGGUUCACUCCCCGAUUCACUCGAGACCCUCGCACUAAAGGGUACCAUCAUAGACCAGCUGCAACCUUCAUUGCUCCCAUCAUCCCUCACAAACCUUAAACUUGACCACCUUCUUAAUCCACCGAAGCCUGGCGAUCUGCCUUCUUCAAUCACAUCACUUAAGUUUGGCAAACACUUCAAUCUUGAGCUUGGCGUGGACGUCCUUCCCCGGUCACUCCAGACACUAACCUUUGGAAAAAAGUUCAACCAGCCACUCAGUCCCGGUGUCCUUCCAAGAUCACUCCAGUCAUUAUACUUUGUCAAAGAUGGCGAGUUCAAUCAACCUCUUGAGCUGGACGUACUUCCACCUCAACUGUCCAAACUAUCGUUGUUGUCCAGACGCAAUCAAGAUUUCAGAGUUCAUUCCUCAUUUUGGCCACCAUCACUUCAAACCUUGGUUGUUGGUAAUCUGUGGAAUUACAGCCCGCACCAUGGACAUCUGCCUCUACCCCCAAGCGUGACAUCAUUGUCCAUUCAACUUGAACUUCCGAUCACAAGUGGAGCAUUUCCAUCAACACUUGUCCACCUGACCAUUGGUAAUGCAUUCAACCAACUAUUGCAAGUCGGAGCGUUGCCAUCAUCACUGGUCAAACUUUCAUUUGGUGAUGCAUUCAACCAACCAUUGCCCACUGGAGUUUUGCCGUCAUCACUCGUCCACCUUUCAUUUGGUGAUUCAUUCAAUCAACCAUUGCCAACUGGAGUGCUGCCCCCAUCCCUUUCUUACCUAAGUCUGGGCCGUGAGUUCAAUCAAGGAUUGAAACAAACUUCAUUGCCUCGAUCUCUUCAAAUACUAUCAGUUAACACACUGAGACAGACCAAGUAUGUCACAUUACCAAAGUCAUUCAAGUCUGACCUUGAGUUGCUGGAGGUCAGGUCAACAUUUGUUUGGACAAACAUGGUCCCCAAGAACAAGAUGAGAUCAAUCAAGUUGUUGCGAAUCAAACAAUUCGAGAAGAGGAGUUCGUGCUCGGACAGUCAAUCAAGUAUAAUCGGACCAAUGCUAGUGUCAUUGCCCAAUGUGCACACGUUUGAUAUCGAGUUCUAUGAACAACCAAGGAAAGGAGAGUUUGAAGGCGAUAUCCUGAAAGUGCAGUAUAGGAUCCAAGUUCGUCGGAUCAACGAACGUCUUGCAAUUGGCUUGUUCAGCUACACUCCCAACAGUUGGCCAAUAAGAUGUCUUCCUAUACAC